AUGUAUGAUACUACUAAUAUCCCGGAGAUGUCGGACGAGUUUUCGGAGGCCCACAGAGUGCUUCUCACAUAUCUAAGAGCUGUCAAAUGCAUCAGUGCAGAUGACCUCUUGGAAAAGUUCUCCGUGCUAAGCACUCAUUUUGGCAUUGACACGUCCAAGCCGAUGGAAGCCAUGCGUGAUUACAUUGCAGAAAUUAACGUGCAAAUCGCUAGGGCUCACUUCAAAAUUGCCUCGAUCCGGGAUCAAGAGACCGACAUACAACAUUAUGUGUUCAUAAAUACGAAAUCUGAUGAGGUCAUACAAGCGUGCACGUCGUACACCGUCCCGGAGCUCGACACGAUCAAACAUUUGAUUGAUUCCAUAGUAAACUCCCAUGAUUAUGCUUAUGCACUUCCCUAUGGAAAUGCCAAACAGCAGACGACUACUCUUCUCAAGCAAAAGGCUAGCGAGCUGGACUUAUUCAUUCGUCGACUUGUUGACGAUGGCUGGAUAAAUCUCACAGAUCAGAACCGUCUAGUGCUUUCUUGUGCAAGCCUUGCAGAGCUUUCGACAUAUUUACAGGACCGCUUUGGCGUAUUUUCCGUUGUCUUGUGUGUGACGGUUUUGUUACUCUCGGAAAGAAAUGCUGCAACACUGAAUGCCCAAACUCUUUCCACAUAA